CUCGCGCUUAGUUGCUGCGAUACCCGAUUCACGCGACGGCCGUUGAUCGAGCGCGAGUCUCGUCCGACGCUCUCCCGUGUAAUUCUGUACUUAAACGCCUUCGAUACGUGCAUCGCGUGCGUGUGCGUGGCGUACGCGCGCGAUAAGCGAGUUGAAGAAAGAAAAAGAAAAGAAAGACGCGAGGAAGAGCCGUUCUUCUUCGACCCUGUGUCGCAAUGUCUUGAUCGCGCGCGUGUGUUCGACGAGAAGCGGGGGAAAAAGGGGGAAAUAAAUUUAUAUAAUCGUGAAGAGGAAGGGAAAGAGAGCUUCCGCGAUCUCGUGCCUAUCCUCGCAAAGAUUCACAUCAUCCUCCGUGUUUUUGUUGCCGUGAGCGUGAUGCGAGACGACAACGUCGAGGUCUCAUCAUCCGUGCUGCCUUCGGCAGGAGGCGAGGGCUGAUCGAGGUAAAGACGACGGCAGGACGCGAAGAUUCGCUUGCGGAAAUUAUCGGGGGCAGCAAGUCCCUCCCAAUUUCGAGAGACAAAGCGCUCGAUCGGUUCGCGCUGGACGUUUGAAAACGGGGCGCCAGGUAUACAAGUGGGACAAAUGAAAAAUAUAUAAAUAAAACGCGAAUCUCUUCAGUUGGGUCAACGAUCCCGACGUGUUCUCCUAUCUACGGGCGUAUCCGCUCCGAUCGCGAGGCACAUACGCACGCACGCACGCACGCACGCACAUACGAAUGCACGCGCACACGCACGCGCGUCGACGUACUCCUACUACGUGUUAGAGCACGCGUUUCACGAGAGUGACCGCGUCGACGGCGGCGUCGUCGUCGGCGUCGGGAGUGAAAAGGCGGUCGACCGUUCGGCUGCUUUCACCGACGAGCCGCGCCGAUGGAAUAACGCCGCCGAUCGCGCUUUAACGUCUACCUUAUCUUCGCGAGAGAGAUGACCGUUCGUCAACGAUAGCCGGAUAACAUUCCCUCGCGUACGAUCGUGGAUUGGAGGCAAUUGGAUCCGCCGGAGAUCGAUCGCCGCGACCGGCGAGAAAUCGCGUGGAUCUUGCGUAGCCAAAUCGACGAGUGUUCGCUCAAGAGAGAGAGAGAGAGAGAGAGUCUAAUUUCCUCUGCAACGCUUCGGAAUUCGUGGACAUCGCGGUGUUAACCUUCAACGCGGUUCCCUUUGGUGUGUAAUAUUAAAUAGAGAGUGCCUUCGUUAGCCAACACUUGGAAUUCUGGUGACUAGAUCCGAUCCGUGGAUAUCGAAUCGCAAACGUCACUCGUAAUUCCCGACGGCUCGUCCGCUAUAAAUUAUUCGGUCAACGCCAUCGAGACGACGACGACGACGACGACGACGACUCGUUCUUCGUUAGUCUCGUUUCGUAGGGUGUCAGUGAAUACAUAUAUCUUGCACAGCAACUGACCCUUCUCUCUCUCUCUUUAUCUAUCUCCGGUGGAAGACAUUAACGACUUCGCAGAAGAAGAGAGCGAGCCAUCCGAUGCAGUUAUUUUAUCCUCGUCCGAUCUUCGACGGCCUUGCGGCUGGUAAGACGUUAACCCGACGUUAGCGGUAACAACCGGCGGAGAGGCAGCCAGCGGUCUUUCACAACGGUCUCUCCUCGGUGUAUAGCCAGUAAAUACUUAAUCUGAACGCGAGCUGACCCUCGGUGACCUCGAUACAAGAUACUAACUCGGCGUUUCCGACGCUUUCUGCGAUGCGCAAUACGCGACUGUAAACCGCUCGUCAAACGGACGACCAGUGGCCACGCCAGUUAGCAUGGAAACAGCCAAGAUGUACAUCAGCGAGAACGGUCACACGACCAAGUGCGCGUCGACCAACUCCAUCCCGGCGAUGAUGGACCAGGAGUCGUCGCUGGCGAGGAUCUUCGGCAUCGGGAAGCAGCGCGAAAACGCGGCGAUUCUGCGAGACGCGAAGACUCGUCGGCACAGCGUUCUGGAGGAUCUGAAGGCUCGGCGAGACAGUCUCUUCCAGAGGGCUCGUAGGGCCAGCGUGUUUGAGGAGAAGGAGAACAGCAGCGCCAAGGACAAUACCAAGGACAACAUCAAGAUCGACGUUAAGGAUAGCAGCGCGAAGGAGAAGCCCAAGGACAAGAGGAGGAGCAGCAGCGACAGCAAUGGCGGUAGGAGAGGCUCGGUGUUCUACGUGUCCGAGGAUCUGCUGGAGGAGAAUCGGGAUGUGUUGGAGAACGAGGACCGUGACCGCGUGACCCAGGAAGCCAAGAAGGGACGCCGAAAGUCCUGGCAUCCGCUCGCCGUGAAACCGCCCAAGAUGGAUCGCAAGAGGAGGAAGGGCGUGUCUGGCGUUCCUAUGCAGACCGGCAGCACGGAAGGACUCGAUUCGCAGAGUUAUCCGCGACAGAAGAGGCCAUCCUGGUGGAACAUUUUUGUGCCGGACUCGGUCACCAGGUCCAGGCGAAUGUCCCAGGCGGAUGUUACAACCUCGAAAUCGACGGAAAACCUCUCGACGUCUUAUGUCAGGAGCAAGAGCCGUAGCGUGGAUCAUGGAAUUAUGCCACCCUUCGAUUUGGAUGCUCUUCGGAACAAGGUCGAAGGACGCUUCGAAUCUGUGGAUAAGCUCACGAAAGAUUCCGAUAACGAGAGCAAAGAUGGCUCCACGACACAGGAGAAGAAGCACGGCCGUGUCUCGCAGCCCAUCAACACCAUUGCCUACAUGGUGGGCGAUAGAGACACGCUUACGUCGGUGGCGGCGCGAUUCGACACGACGCCGUCCGAGCUGAGCAAAUUGAAUAGGCUCGGAAGUACUUUCAUUUAUUCCGGUCAGCAGUUAUGGGUGCCGGCGAAAGGAGAAGGACGUCCGGGAGGCGGAUCAGCCGCGGAUGCGCCCAGCCCUGACCCUUGCCACGAUCACGAGUCCCAGGACGACCUACCACCCGAAGAAAAAGAACUUUUGGACAAUCUGAGACCAGUGUCACCAAAGCCAGGCCAUAUGGAGCGCAUCAAAACACCUCUUGGGACUUCCGGUGCGACGCAUGAGGAUGAGCAACCAUUCAGAGAAAGAUUUUUGAAAAUUAAUGUCAGGCAUAUAACAGAUGGCCAGGGUGUAGUCGGUGGAGUGCUGUUAGUCACGCCAAACGCAGUUAUGUUCGAUCCAAAUGUGUCCGAUCCUCUUGUUAUCGAGCACGGUGCUGAAUCUUACGGAGUGAUCGCUCCAAUGGAGUUUGUAGUCAAUGCUGCGAUUUAUUAUGAUAUCGCGCACAUGAGAGUUUCCCAUGCCGAAUCCGGACAUUUGGACAAAAAACCUGAAAUUUAUUACAUGAAGAAACCCCAAAUAGAUAAUCGUAAAUGUCUGUCUCCCGGUAAAGAAGAGAAUUUCCCUGAAUUGGCAGGCGAUGACAGUGAAAGUGUGUGUAGCUGCGCCGAGAGAGACGGCGACGCUUUUCCAAAGGCCUUUGAACGAGAGCUUGUUACCCCUACCAAUCUCCAGAGUGAGGAGAAUUCAACUUCGACCAAAGAUAAUGAGAAAGAGAAAGAUAGUAAUGACAAAGAAUUUUGUACUGGCGGCCAAGGUAGCAGAACAUUAGAAGAACGCAGGCGUUCCAUGCUUGACCAUCAUUGGGCAGUUCCUAGCAAAGACCGGAGUACGUUUUCUGUUGACGAUGAACAACAAGAUUCAUUAAAUUCUGAUAAGCAGGCGGAACCAGCUAAAUCAAAUGCCAUUCCUGAAGAUGAAGAGGGGUCUCUAGUCAAAUUGUCGUGCCAUGAUUCUGGUAUCGAUAUUCGUGAUCCUAAUCCACCUGUUCCAGUAGUGCAACCUAUACCAUCGAAAAAAGUUUACUCAGAUGCGGAUAUUGUCUUAUCCUCAGAUUGGGUUCCUCCGAUAACGAUAGCACCAACGAAUAUCACGAGUACGUUGGACGCCACUUCUGCUAUUAAUGGCAGGAAAAAAGCCAGUUCUGUAUCCUUUAGUUUAGAGAGCAAUGCAGAAGAGCCAGAGAAGGAUGAAGAACACAAAGAGGAUGAUAAACAGGAAACUCGAAAAAACAAGAUGCUAAAACGUCUGUCAUAUCCUUUGUCGUGGAUGGAAGGUUUAACUGGAGAGAAGGAUGACGAAAGCAGCAAAUCUCUCUCUGACAAAAUGUCGAGCCUUCCGAACAGCGCAGAUUCCCAUCAUUCCUCUGUUUUCAGCAAAGUCUUCUCGAGCUCGCCGAUCAACCUGGUGAGUGACUUUAGCUCGGGCCUGUUUGCUAAAACCCCCAGCGAAGAGAGUGGUGGGGGCGGUAGAGCGGGCGGAACUCCACCGCUUACCGCCUCCUCUCUCUCCCAGGACUCCAGCAAUUUCUCACCUGGUCCAGGAGGCCUCAUCGGACGCUCUUCCGUGGGUACUUUUAUUAGACAGCAACCUUUAACAUCUUCCGGCAGCAGCAGCGUCGACAGUAGUCGAGGUAGCAAAGCUUCCGCGACGGCACCGCGGCUAGAUUAUCGCAGUAUGGUCUCGGUCGAGGACAUGCCGGAAUUGUUUGUGAGUUUUGACAAAUUGAUCCCAAGACCUGCUCGUUCUUGCGAGGACCCACCGUUGUACCUGAGGCUACGAACAGGAAGACCCAAGGACAAGAAGAUACCACGAUCGACGCCAAUUAUGAGCUACGGCAAGAAGAAGCUGCGUCCCGAAUACUGGUUCAGCGUACCACGCAACAGAGUGGACGAUCUGUAUAGGUUCAUCCAUGCGUGGGUGCCGAGCCUCUAUGGCGAGCUAGAUGAGAACUACUGGCGAGAACGCGGCUACAUCCUGUCCGAUACUGACACUGACCUGUCGCCGGAACUGUCUCCCCAGGAGAGCGGCGAGGGCGCGGAUUCCACGGAAGAGAGCAAGACUCAAGAUGAUAUCAGCGAGUUGACAAGAGAAUCCUGGGAGCUGAUCAAGGCCCCCUACGUAAAGCUGUACAGCAUCCUGAAGACUUCGAGCACGUCAGCCGAUUCCGAGCAGAUCCAGGAUUCGGAGGUACUGUCUAUGAGCGAAGAGUUCAGGCGAGCUCUUUACGCGAACAGUGCCAUUUCUCUGGAUAAUGACGUUAUCGUACCUGAUCUGAUCGGCACAACGGAAAUACUCAGCGAGGAACACAGAGAAGAGCUCUGCCGUCAUCUGCCCGCGAGAGCGGAGGGUUACCAGUGGACUCUCGUUUUCAGCACCAGUCAGCAUGGUUUCAGUCUUAAUAGCAUGUAUCGAAAAAUGGCGAAAAUUGAGAGUCCGAUCUUAUUAGUUAUCGAGGAUACGGAGGGCAACGUGUUUGGUGCACUGACCUCGUGCUCCCUGCACGUGAGCGAUCACUUUUACGGUACCGGCGAGUCCCUGCUCUUCAGGUUUACGCCGAGGUUCCAGUGUUUCAACUGGACUGGGGACAACCUGUACUUUAUCAAGGGCAACAACGAAAGUUUAGCAAUCGGUGCUGGAGAUGGCAAGUUUGGGCUCUGGCUGGAUGGCGAUCUAUAUCAGGGCAGGACACAGUCCUGCAGCACAUACGGCAAUGAGCCGUUGGCACCGCGUGAAGAUUUUGUCGUUAAGACAUUGGAAUGCUGGGCAUUCAUAUAGGACACGGCCUUAUAUCCCCAUCCCGCCACUCCUUCGCCGUCACCGCAGCCUAAUUUAACCUGAACCCGUGAGCCUCACAAAGGUUUUGUCCCCCAGGAGAGAUUAGAGGAAGACUAACGAUUUUAAGGACACUGUUGGAGGAGAUGAGUCGUGUCAUUGUUGCCACGACAUCGAUUAACUCGAUCGCCAUUUGGGGAAAUCUCACCCAGUGUUAGACAGGAUGAUUCUCCGAGGAGAAAGGAAUUAAUCGUCAAUGUCCGCACGAAGAGACAACGAUGGCAUUGCCUGAAGAUGGUGAAAUCGACGAGAAGCAGCCUCGAAAGGGAUGCGGACAGUAAAAAGAGACUGUCAUGGCCCGAAGUUAUGCGAUCAUAGCGCGUGUUAUAACAUGCCUAUUUGCAUAUCGUGUAGCUACUGAUUAUCGUUAAUUGCCCCCGAUUCCCCUGUUUUUUUAAGUUGGCGUAUUUAUUUUACUUUUUUUUUUAUAUUUUGUUGAAUGAAAUCGUCGCUCGUCAAUUUGAUUUGCGGUUAUUUGUGAGUUUAUCGAGAGUCGAAGAAUAUGAUUACUUGUACAAUAAUCGUUACUUCGAACUAGUCGUGAGUUUACACAUCUAACGCCGGUAUACAGAUAAUUAUGAUAAUAAUGCUGAGGAUGAUGAUGAUGAUGAUAAUGAUAAUGAUAAUGUUAAGAAUGAUGAUGUUGAUAAUGAUAAGGAUGAUGAUAAUGAUAAGGAUGAUGAUAAUGAUAAGGAUGAUGAUACAGAUAUGAUAUAAUAAUGAUGAUGGUGAUAAAAGAAUGAAAGUGUGAAUGCUUGGAAAUGAUAUGGAUGGUAAAAUGCGAGGCAAGAUACAUAACGUUUUGAAAGAAAACAAUUUACAAAUUCAAUACAAUGAAAAUGCUAAAACUAACAGUUUGUUGAUGUGUAGAUAAUGUAGAUAGUAAAUGUAAAUAUAUACAUACAUAUAUAUUAUAUAUAUAUACAUAUAUAUACUAUGAUCGUGUUGCAAUGAUUGAUUUUGACGGUAUAAAUAGAGAGAACUCUUUGCGGAAAGCUGUGUAGCUCAUCAUGUAUAAUACAGACAUUAAUUGAGUCAAGAAACGUACACGCAUAUACAUAUUACACAUGAGGAUUGAUACACAGAUUACGGGAAGCGUGCUCUCGUGCAACCGAAUAUAAAUGAUCCAUGAUCUGAGAAAAAAAACAUAGUUUUAGAGAAAGAGAUACCUCGAGCUGAUCUUACGAUUAAGAGAGGAACGAGAAGUCAAUGAUGUGCGGAUUGAUUCGAAUAAGAGCGUAUUCGCGAAUCUUGUCGUCAGUAAAUUAGUAAAUGUGCUUUGGAGUCACGAGUGAUCACAACGAACACACAUACCUGUGCCUGCUUCGCUCUCUUUGUCUCUCUGCGCUAAGUGUACUCGCGAUAUGAAGCGAGUAUUUCGAGCGUGAAUCCAUCUCACUAUACCAGCGUACGAAUUCCCUGAUGCAAAUGAUCAAUCACUCUAGAUAGCACAUCGGACAAGGAACCAUCGCGUUCUAUUCGCGUUACGAUGCUCUUUUAAACCUAGUCCAACUUUGUACGACCGUAUAUACACAAUCACACACUGUCCGAGCUUAUAAUAUCUAUCGCGCGAACGUCGGAUUAAAACCGAAUGUGUGUAUACUCCCCCAUAUCUGACGCGUCUCGUUGAUUUGCAAAGAGAAAAUAAAAAGGAAAUCUUGUAUGCGCGCAAGGCGAGCAAUUCUCAAGGGUAAGAUAAAAAAGAACUACGCAAAAGCGUUUUAUCAGCUAUCUUUGUGCGAGAUAGGGAAAACUUUUCUAAUAUAUUAAGUUACAAACAUUGUGCUGAUUUGCAUUUGUUUGAGAAGGUCCACUUUGGCGCGUGCUACUGACCCACGUCGCAAUCUUGAACGUUUCGAUCACACAUUUUAUAUCCACGUAGACAUAAUAACGAUACCGCCAUAUAUUCUCUCUCUCUCUCUCUCUCUCUCUCUUCCCCCCUUCUCAUAAUUACUCUAGAUACAAUUUCUACUCCACAACCACGCGUUGUAUUGUUUCUAUAUGUGAUUACAGAUUCUCGUAAUCUUAAUAACAAACGCGUUCCUGUCGAUCGAUUGUCAAUCAGCAGGGCCCACAUACGACGACCAACAGUGCUUAUUAUACUAACGACAACACAACACACGCGAGCACAAUGAAACACACGCAAAAAACUUUUGAUCUAUCUUUACCUAUUUACCUCUUUCUCACACAUGACAUACACGAUUUCUCUCUGCCGAUGUAACACCAUCGGAGAACGUUCGAAAGACUGAACGGUUGAUCCGAGAUUUCCCGAAAGAAUGAGACCCAAGUGUUCGCGCACUGGUUACAAAACGCACUAAAAAAAAAGAAAGGAAAGAAGUAGGAAACGCGUGAUCAAAGUCGCCGACUGGGCAGAGUACAGAGUACAGUAUGAGCACUUAAUGAGAAUUCGAAACUGACACAAUUUUAAUUUUCCACGUAAUGCGAAACGGACGUGAUGUUGACUUUAAAAGAUAGAUCUUAUUAAGCCUCAUAAAUUCAUCAUGAGUGAGCAUAGUCUGUCCGUUUUUGCGUGUAUGUUACAUGUAAUAUUAGCGAAAUCUUAAUCUGUUGGGAUUAUUCCUUGAUCCCACAAUGUCGACGAAGCACAAACAAAGUAUCAAGUCAACGUGCAGCACUACCAGCUUUAUUAGGGUAGUAGUUUCGAAUUUGUACACUCAGUGCGACACUUAAUAACAUGUUGCGUACGAUUAGCGUUGCUUAGAGCAUAAAUAAAAUACUAGGCAUAAUCAUGUGAUAUUAAAUGAAAAGAAAAGAAAAAAUAAGAGUUACGCUCCUAGAUGAUUUAUCAAGUCGCUUUGACGGUACCACAUGAUUGCACACGAUUCAUGUACACCGUAUACACACAUACAUAACACACCUCUAGAUAGAGGUCUUUCCGCUUCCUUGAUCCGCGAAGCGUGCGUGCGAUAGCGGGAACGUUGCUCGAGAAAUAUAUACGCAUUUGAAGUCCGUGGUCAGGGUAAUAGCAUCGUGUGCGAGAAAGAGCGAAGUACGUGCAUCCGUACAGCAGGUGACGCUAAUGAUAAGCCAAAUGGAGAGAAAAGAAGUACUCAUGACCCUCGCCUUAAUGUGAAACAAAAAAAUCAAGAUGUCAAUGUGCACUGUAACGAAAAUAAAACAUUAAGUAUGUCUGGGAAACGAA